UCUCCCUCAGCAAAGAUGUGUGACCAGACCUUUUUGGCAAUUGUGUUUGGUCCUUGUGACAAGUGCUCUAAAGAGAAACCCCUCAGAACAAUUUACAUCAAAUCAGAACAACUCAACUACUGUGCACUAUGUGUGGAAAUGGUAUUCACUCCUGAGUUACAGUAUCAGUGUUUGGAGGACCAGGGUUUUAAUACAGAGCAAACAUUUGGUGAGUCUCUUUAUGGCUAAUUCUCCACAGUUCAUCAGGUGGCCGAACGUGUGGAAGCACUAGGUCAAUUCGUGAUGAAGACCAGGAGAACUCUGAAAGGCCAUGGCAAUAAAGUCCUCUGCAUGGACUGGUGCAAAGAUAAAAGACGAAUUGUGAGCUCUUCCCAGGAUGGGAAGGUGAUAGUGUGGGAUUCCUUCACUACCAACAAGGAACAUGCGGUGACUAUGCCAUGUACUUGGGUGAUGGCGUGUGCAUAUGCCCCAUCUGGAUGUGCCAUUGCUUGUGGUGGCCUGGACAAUAAAUGUUCUGUGUAUCCACUGACGUUUGAUAAAAAUGAAAAUAUGGCUGCAAAGAAGAAAUCUGUUGCAAUGCACACAAACUACCUGUCUGCAUGCAGCUUCACUAACUCAGACAUGCAGAUCCUGACUUCAAGUGGAGAUGGAACGUGUGCCCUCUGGGAUGUUGAGAGUGGGCAGCUUUUGCAGAGUUUUCAUGGGCAUGGGGCUGAUGUUUUGUGCCUGGAUCUGGCUCCUUCUGAAACGGGAAAUACAUUUGUGUCUGGGGGGUGUGACAAGAAAGCCAUGGUUUGGGACAUGAGAUCUGGACAGUGUAUCCAGUCAUUCGAAACUCAUGAAUCAGAUAUCAAUAGUGUCCGAUACUACCCAAGUGGGGAUGCUUUUGCCUCUGGUUCUGAUGAUGCCACGUGUCGUUUAUAUGACCUUCGUGCAGAUAGAGAAGUAGCAAUUUAUUCCAAAGACAGCAUCAUUUUUGGAGCUUCUAGCGUGGAUUUUUCUCUCAGUGGUCGCCUACUAUUUGCUGGUUACAAUGAUUACACUAUAAAUGUAUGGGAUGUUCUGAAAGGGUCUCGUGUAUCCAUUCUGUUUGGACAUGAAAACAGAGUUUGCACCUUAAGAGUUUCACCUGAUGGAACUGCAUUCUGUUCAGGAUCAUGGGAUCACACUCUACGAAUCUGGGCUUAAGAUGUAGUGCAGUUUUCAAAUGCAAAUGAAGAUUGAUACCUUGGGCUACAAAGAAAAGGAAAUUUAAUUCUACAAAUGUAAAAUGUCCUUUAGAAAGAUGUAGCAUUUCUGUUGUAGUUCCCAUGACUUAUUGAUGAGUUGCAAAUCAAAUUAAAACAAAACAAAACAAGCUGGGACAACUUGUUAGCCAGGAAUUAAUUCAGUGUAUUAGCUACGCUAUCAAAUGUUCUUACUGAAAACACAAAUAUACACAACUAGAUAGUAAAGGUUAUCUGCUUUUAACACAUAGCAAACGUCAACUUGAAGUAUAACAUGUUUUUAAUUCUGAGACUACCUUCUUUCAUUAGAGAUAGUUUAGAUAAUUCUAAAACCAGACUUUUCUCUGAAAUCAUCUGUAUCAUAGAAUUUUGUAGUCCAGGGCAUAUUAUGUAUUUAUUAUUUGCAAUGAUUGAUUUUUUUUUUUUUUAAGGAAAAUUGAAAAAAAAAAACCAAACACCUGAUUUUAUCUGGGUAUACACUAUGAUUUUUGAAACAUUCCGUAGUAGUGCAUUGAAUUUGUAUGUAAAAAGUUAGAAAGUAAAUCAGUUUUCUGACCCUUUAUUAUGGAAUUACAGAUGACUCAAUAAUGCUAAUAAUUAGAGAGCAUAGAAUCUAAUGUUGAAGAUACUAGUUGUCAUAAGCAGUAUUUUUUUGUUUAAAAAAGUCAUUUCAAUCCCAGUUUUUUUUCUUAUAGAUUUUUAGAUUAUAUUAACUAUAUCAUCUCUGUUACCCAAAUUUAAAGCAUUCAAGUAAACACAAAGAUAAGCUAAACUAUGAGUAGUAUAAUUCAUGGUUAAUAGUAGUAUAAUACAUAGUCACAAGGUAAUAUUUUAACCAGUAGUUUCAUGGAAAUUUUUAGAUGUAUCACUUGGUGAGUGAAUUUUCUUUGAACUAGAGAUACUACUUCUAAGUACUAAUGAUACUGAUUAUAAAAUAUUCAUAAGUCAGUCAUACUAAGUCUCUGAUCCUGACUCUCAUUUACAAUAAGGCCACUUCAUACCAUUCUAACAGUGGCAAGCAGCCUUAAAGUGCUACAAAUGUAAUAUAUUUACAUUUUAAGGUCUCUUCACAAUGUCAGAGCAGCAUAAAAUGUCCUUAAUGUAAAUGAGAGUCAGAUCCUCUGAGCUGAAUUCCAUAGUCCUUUCAAGUCCUUACAAGCAUCACUAACUUCAGUGGACACUUUUAUCCUAGCAGAACUGUAGCAUCAGAGCCUAUAUGGAAAAUGCACAAAACUAAAAAUUGGGAAAAGCCGUUUAAGGGACCAAUCAUGCCAAAACUUAUUACAGCCACUGUACUUACUAUAAUAAGUAGUCUCAUCAAAUCAAUGGGACUCCUCAGCCAAUGAUGCCAGCAGUAAAUAUUUGUAGGAUCUGGUCCUGUGGGUGAAAGUUGUCAUGUAAUAUACGUUCACUAUGCCCAUAUAGAUCCAACAAUAUUUAAAGCUGUAGUUGUAUUCAUAUGUUGAAAACUACUAAGGGCCAGACUGGGCCUUCUUUGCUCAUACUGAAUGGUACCUUACCGCUAAACUAGUCCCAUUGAACUGGAUGGAGGUAAAGGAGAAGUAAGGUACUAUUCAUUGUGGGUGAGGUUAGUACAGUCAGGCUUUCAAAAUGCAAUGAAUGAGCUACAUCUCUGAACGAAUGACAUCUAUAUUUUAUAUUUAGAUUCAGUCAAAAGUAAAGAAUUGUCUCUUGGGGUUGGUAGUUCACAUUAAAAUAUCAAUAACUUCAUUCCAUUUUAAAAGGUGAUCAUUUAAAAAAAGUUGAGUAUAUAAUAUUUGUACUAGAAAUGGUCUCCUCAUUCAUGACAACAUCUUGCUCCAUAAAUCCAGAACUAAUUAAUUUAGGCCAUUGACCCAAUCGUUCACUUUACAGGGAGAAGAUGAGCCUUCACUCCUUGUUAAAAUUGUUUGUUUGUUUCUGCUUAGAAAAGUCAGCUCCAGUGCUUUGCAAUAUUUGUGGCAAUUUAUCCCUGUAACAAAUUGAAUGAACUAUGGAAAUUGUCUGGAGCUCAUUGUGCAAUAUUGAGUUACUACACUGUAUGCAUUUGUUCAAAAAAUUAAUAUUAAUGUUUAGAUAGUAUUUAUUGGUAAGAUAUUUGUUUUUAAACAUACUACGUUGUGUUGAUACUUAUGAAUGGCCUAAAUAUAAUAAAUCAUAUUUUACUUAUUGAGAAAAUGUGUAUUUACAGUCAUCUUGCACAUAAGUUACAUGCUUU